GACGCGCAGGCUGUAUAAAACUGUCAGCUCCCGCUUUCUAAGACGCACAUCCGAAAGUUACCCCCUCCCCAAGUCCAGAAAGCCGCCCUAACACCAUGGAGGAGCGCAAGUUCGCCGGACACCCGAGCAGAACCUCCGAUCACGAAGCGUGACGGGAAGAUGGUCAUUAAUGGGAGUCAUUUCAACAGUUCGACGCUCAGCCGCCCUCCGUGGGUCACCACAACCUUGGGCUGCUUCCUGAUAUUCACGAUCGUGGUGGAUAUUCUGGGCAACCUGCUGGUGAUCUUCUCCGUGUACAGGAACAAGCGGCUGAGGAACGCAGGCAAUAUCUUCGUAGUGAGCCUGGCGGUGGCGGACCUAGUGGUGGCCAUCUACCCGUACCCGCUGGUGCUGACCGCCAUCUUCCAGGAUGGCUGGAGCCUGGGUUACGUGCACUGCCAGGUCAGCGGCUUCCUGAUGGGCCUCAGCGUCAUCGGCUCCAUCUUCAACAUCACCGGCAUCGCCGUCAACCGCUACUGCUACAUCUGCCACAGCCUCAAGUACGACAAGCUCUACAGUGACAAGAACUCGCUGUGCUGCGUGCUGCUGAUCUGGCUGCUCACCGUGGCGGCCAUCGUGCCCAACCUGUUCGUGGGCUCCCUGCGUUAUGACCCGCGCGUCUACUCGUGCACGUUCGCCCAAUCGGCCAGCUCGGCCUACACCAUCGCUGUGGUCUUCUUCCACUUCAUCCUGCCCAUCCUCGUCGUGACUUACUGCUACCUCCGCAUCUGGAUCCUCGUCAUCCAGGUGCGCCGCCGCGUCAAGCCCGACAGCCGGCCGCGGCUCUCGCCGCACGACAUCCGCAAUUUCGUCACCAUGUUCGCCGUCUUCGUGCUGUUCGCCGUCUGCUGGGCGCCGCUCAACCUCAUCGGCCUGGCGGUGGCCGUCAGCCCCGACGUCGUGUCCCCUGCCAUACCGGAGUGGCUCUUCGUCGCUAGCUACUUCAUGGCCUACUUCAACAGCUGCCUGAACGCCAUCGUCUACGGCGCGCUGAACCAGAACUUCCGCAAUGAGUAUCGCCGCAUUGUCGUGUCCGUCUGCACGGCACGCAUCUUCUUCCAGGACAGCUCCAACGACGCAGCCGAGCGCAUCAAGCCUUUGCCACUGCUGACCAACAACAACCAGGUGAAGGUGGACUCGGUGUGAGCCCACAGCAAGCCAGCCGAAGACACGAACAAACGGCAGCCGGUUUUGUCUUCUCUGUACAUAUUAAAAUGUUGGUUUUCGCACAUUGUAUCACAUCCUCCUUGGUUUGACGUAUCUUGAAAUUACAGUCUUUUGUAUUAACGUUUAUAGUAAUUGUCUGAAUAUGUAUGCAUAUGUACUUUCGUAUGAACUUUAUAUGAACCGAAUUUAGGGUUACAUAUAGCCCAAAUUAAUGCAAGCAACAUGCAAGGUUGCAGAUUUCACAUCCUGCAGCCUUGCAGAGUUAGUGUCUUUCCUGACUGACUGGUUAGACCCAUUUUGCCAAAUCUGUAUGCUGCAGGGUUUGUCUUACAUUCACAUCCCAGUAUGAAACUGGACCAAAGCAAUAUUUAAGGU